UGCCUAUCUUUAUCUGAGAUAUCGUGGGACGGAAGAAGCAAAAGCUCGCCUCGGUCCACAACGAUUGGGCCCAUAUCCUUGCCUUUGCUUACCUAGAUGUCUAUAUUAAACACCAGAGCUCCCUAGCUUUGCAGUGAGAUAUUGCUCGAAAACAAAUCUUUGUUUAGCAACUCGGCAGCCCUAAGAAUAUCCGACUAGCCCUGUCUUUUUGGUCUCUUUGCCAAUUCCUGUACUCAAAUACAACCUCAUGCGCCGGUGCGAUCAGUUACAGUAAUAGCAAUGUCCUCAGCCUUCAGUUAUUUUUCCGGGACGUCAGGUAGUGGCUCUUGCACGCACUCCAUUAGCAGUGAAUCCGAUUCCUGGUCCCGUCACAGUGCCAUCAUGCAUCAACAACCACCAAUCUAUGGGACUGCUAGCGAGUCUCCGUUGGUUUAUCAUCCCCAUCCAAGCGCCAAACGGUUUUCUCCCCCACAUCGUGAUUGUGGUCCUCUAGACACUCAAUCUGCCACCGCAAGGCCGCCGAAGCAAGUAUCGCCGGAAUUUGAGUUUCCUAUGCCAUACAGCGGUCUUCCGGUGGCUUCACACGCCUCUGGGAUAACUGUCUCACCCGUGGGGCCUUUGCCGCGUCCAAUUCUUUCGCGAGAGUGGGAACACCCCGCUCACCUGCCUCCGGAAUCGCUUAGGCGCGAUUACAACUUUGUUAAGCCAGCAGAGAACCCGGAAUACCUGGUUGAAAGGCAUGGCCGACGUAAUUCUGAAAAGACCAAGGGCACUGUCCGUUACCAUUCACAGAGACGACCGUCCAACCGGGACGAAUUUGAUGGACCCCAUCAGUUACUAGAUGUCCCCUCUCCGCGUAUUAUAGCGGCUCAAGGAAGGGAUCUUCCUCAUCUCCCUACUAAUCUUGAUGUUUCAGAGCAAGAUCGAAUCUUGAGCGCAGUGAAUGACCGGCUGUCGCAAUGUGCUUUUGACUUUGUUGCAAAGUAUCAAUUUCCGAUUCCACUGGAACCGGACAAAAGACAGGUGAGGGUUCCCUCAGACCGUGAAUGGACUGAGUGGGUAUAUCUCCUUAAAAGACUGGCCACCAAGCGCCGCAUUCCCGCCCGGGUUUUGUAUAAUGGCCAAAUCAAACAAUUAGUCACGGUGCUGGAGAAUUCCCUGGAAAUGAGGCAUGCUGCCAAGCAUCAGUCCAGACCCAUCAAGGAUGAUCGAAAUGUUCUCCAGCUAAUUUCAGCUGGAACCCAAGUGGCAAAGAUCCUUAAAGAUGCCAGUGCCAUGGAGUACUUAGACCGUCUUUAUGUUGACACGGAGAAGCGCAUUCAGGAUCGACGUACUCGCCGGGUAAAGUUCGCCAAUCCAUGAACAAGCCC